UUUCUUAUAACAUUGGGCUCACGUUUCGCAUACAUAUCUCUAUGAUUAACAUGAAAUAAAGUUAAAAUACUUGGGCUUAGACAAGCUUUCAUAUCUGUUUCAUGAGGCAGGCAUGUUCGAUCAGCUCUACAACAAUUUUCUGGUGUUAUUGGAUAAUCCAAAUCUAAAUAACGCCCUGAUGAGAAUAAUGCUAAGACUAAUUAAUUUCGCCCCACUCUUUACAUUGGUCUUAGCGGAUUUCUAUAGUUCGAGAUAUGAUGAUUUUGAUAUCCAACCACUAUUAGAGAACGACAGGGUUCUCUUAAGCUACACCAAGUGCUUUCUCGAUCAAGGACCUUGCACACCAGAAGCAAAAGAUUUUAAAAAGGCAAUACCAGAAGCUGUUCAAACUACGUGUGCCAAAUGUACUCAAAAACAAAAAAGUUUGAUUCGAACAGUGAUAAGGGCUAUAAUGGAUUACCAUCCUGAUGCUUGGGAGCAACUUGUUGAAAAGUAUGACAAAAAUAAGAGUUAUAGAGAGAAUUUCAAAACAUUUAUAGAAGGAAAUGAUUAAAGUGAUUUAUUAUGGAAAGUAA